AUGAAGGGAGUGAAAGGAAAAUUGCUGAAGAAGCUGAAAUCAAUCAAACAGAUUGGAUAUCUAAAGCCAGAUCGAAUUCUUCAGGUGAAAUCCAGUGAUGGGUAUGCAGAUUUUCUCCCAAAGAUUUCAUCUUUCAACAUAUCGAAUCCAUUUGUUUCUGGAGAAAACGAGGGUAAGAAAAAUGUGCAGAAUUGCGAGAAUUUGAAGGAGGGAGAACCGGAGAUUGUUGAUGUGUCAGAGCUCAUGAAAGGUCUUGAAGAUGAUGAAGAAAUGGAGGGAUUGGAUGAUGAUGGUUGCGAAGAUAACAAAGAGAAUAUUUGUUACAAAGGAACAGAGUCGAAACAGAGUGAGGUUUUGAGAGAUAAGAAGCCGCCACUGUUGCCGAGAGGUAAUUCUGAUAGGAAAAGGAAAAUUUCUUUUUCGGAGAGUGAGGAUUUGUCCUUCCGGAGACCGGAUUUGAAUUCCGGUAGCUUGUUUGAUCCGAAGCUACUGGCUGCGUUUGAGGAAGCGGUGAAGGAGCAUUGUAGAAUGACAGAGGAACAGAGGAGAGCCAGAGUUGAGGAAGAGUCUUUACAGAAAGUUAAAUUUGUUGAUGAUGAAGUUGAAGUUGACCCUUUGUUGUUGUUUGAAGAGAAAUGUCCACCGGGUGGUGAUGGAACUGUGAUUUUCUACACAACAUCGCUUACCGGAAUCAGAAAGACUUAUGAAGACUGCAACAGAAUUCGUUUCUUAUUGCAAAGUUUCAAGGUUUUGUAUCUUGAGAGAGAUGUAUCAAUGCAUAGAGAGUUUAAGGAGGAGUUAUGGAGCAUUUUGGGUGAGAGAAUUGUGCCUCCGAGGCUUUUCGUUAAGGGUAGAUACAUAGGUGCAGCUGAAGAAGUUAUGAGUUUGCAUGAACAAGGGAAGUUGAAGAAAAUUCUUGAAGGGGUUCCAUUGGAUUGGUCUAAUGGUCCUUGUGAUGCUUGUGGUGGUUUAAGGUUUGUGAUGUGCUUUAAGUGUAAUGGUAGCCAUAAGAUUUUUGCUAAGGAAGAGAAAGAUACUAACGAGUGUUUGCAGUGCAAUGAGAAUGGAUUGGUUGUGUGUGCUUAUUGUGGCUAG